UCAGACGGGGAAAGUGUUUCCAUAAUGACUACGUCCAAUCCUUGGGAUCCUGUGCAGCCUACGGCGGCUGGACUGAUGCUGUCUCAGUGCUUGUCUUCGGGGGUAGUGUCGCAGGAAAUCCUGGAUAUAUGUGGUAAACCAGGUCCUUGCUUUGUUUAUCUUUCCGAGGCAGAACAAAUUGUAGACCACCAAGCUGAAAUCAACCAGAACAAUCUGGAUAUUGAAGUCCUGCAGACAGAAAAAGAAACAGCAGACAUUGCGCAUCCAUUCUACUUGACUCAGAAAUGUCAAAUUCUUCAAGGCAUGAAUAGACACCUAGAAGCAGUGUUGAAAGAAAAAAGAGCUCUUAGGCAGAGGCUAUUGAAAUCAUCGUGCCAGGACAGUCUGCCCAUUGAAGCUGUCUUUCACAGGUAUGCUGUAGAGUUGUUAGCACUGGCAGUGGCUUUCAUUGAAAAACUGGAAGCUUAUCUAAGAACAGUAAGGAGCAUUCCUCAGAUACCUCUGACCAUAAAGAACAUGGACAGUGCACUAGCAAAGAUGGAUUUGUUGGUGACAGAGACUGAAGAACUGGCAGAACAAAUACUGGAGUGGAGAGAAAAACAAAAGGGAAUCUUCUGUGAUAACUCUCAGUUGACUGUAGAAUCAGAUUCCUGUUUCAAAAGUGUAACUUCCCACUAACGUAGUCUUUAUUUCUCCUCUCUCCUCCCCUUUCCCCAAAACAUAAUGCAUUAGAACACAGUGGCUGUUUAACAGUUUCAUAUAAUUAACACAAUAUAGGCAUAUUUUGUUCUUGUUCUCAAAUACCCAGCUAUUUGUUUUGUCUUCUGACACAAGUUUUUGUGUGUGCAGCUAAUGCUACAUAGAAAUUGUCUGCUGAGAUGUUAAAUGACUUAAUCAGGACAAUAGCCAUUAGAAUUCCUGGAGGAGUAUUUUAAUGUAGCAAUCCUGUGACAUUGUUUAGCAUCAACGUUUGAUGUACCUAUGUCCAAUAUUUAUAGUAAGUGAGUAAACACUUUAAUACUACCUGUUUUCCAAGUGAGGCUAUUUUUUUGUAUGUUACAAUGAAAUUCAAUAAAGGUAUCAGGCUAUAAAAUGAGAGGGUUUUUUAUUGUAAAAAGCUUUAUUUAUGCCCAAGCACCAUGAACAAUACGAAAACCAAAAAGAACUGUGAUGAUGUGACGCUUAAUAAUUUUCUUUAAAGAAUCAAAAUUAUACAAUAAGUGUACAAUAAUA